AUGUACCAGCAAUCAAUGGAUUCUUUGGCAUUUCACAUGCUCGUCAUGGGGCAUACGCGUCUUCGUCACAUUGCCGUGCCGACAGUCAAUCUGAAGCCACCAAAUCUUGGUUACGUCUCUGGAAAUUUACUGUCUCUGAAGAAUCUGGACUUACAACCUCAAUCCAGCAGGCUGGGUGCGUGGACAAGUGUCUCUCUGCUGCAGCAUCUUGAGAUCCAAGACAGCCAGAACAUCGGUCGCUCCCUAGACGACGUAAGCAGCGGGUUGGAAGAUAUUUUCGUGUCUACCUCAUCCGCCGAGUUUGUUGCAGUCGACUCCCUUCGUCACCACCUAGCAACUCUGAAAUUCGUAGUGGUCAACCCCCUCAACAAGUGGGAUCACAUAGGGCAGAGCGAUGGAAGUGUCAAUCACAUGUACCAAAGCACAAACCUGAAGUAUAUGGCCACCUACUGCCCACUCAUUGAAGAGCUUGGGACUAGUCUUGUGCAUGUAGACUUCGAAGACAUGGAAGAGGCCUUCAUUAUCCUGGAAGUACCCAUCUUGCCUGUUGAAAUACAGCCCAAAUCAGCUUUGGACGCUCUCGCUACAUUCCCCAACCUCCGCGUACUGCGACUGACGCAGCCACCGAUCAAACUCGCGGAUGAAGUUGAAACAGCGGAAACCCCUAAACGCGCGCGACAAUGGCAAUAUCGAGAGUUCGCAGAACAUAUCUUCCAGUCACCAGCUGGAUAG